AUGUCGGAAGAUCGAACUACUUCUCGUCGAAAGAGAAACAUCAAAUGCUUGGCAUAUAUAGUUGCCGGGGUCAUAGCACAGACCAUAAUUAUAUUGCUUUUUGUGAUGCUGGUCAUGCGUAUCCGAAACCCUAAGGUCCGUUUGGGAGGGGUCACGGUAGAAAAUCUCAAUCUCAAUUCCUCAUCUUCCUCACCUUCCUUUAGCAUGAACCUUAAUGCUCAGGUUACUGUCAAGAACACCAACUUCGGUCACUUCAAAUUCCAAAACAGCACUUUAACGAUUUCUUACAGGGGUACCCCUGUUGGCGAGGCUACUAUCGUUAAGGCUCGUGCCAGGGCUCGAUCAACCAAGAAGCUGAAUGUGACAGUGUCGGUGAGUUCGGACAAGAUGUCUAGAAAUUCAGCCCUGAGUUCUGACGUCGGUUCUGGGACCAUAAAUUUGAGCAGCCAUGCCAAGCUGGAUGGAAAGAUACAUUUGUUCAAGGUCUUCAAGAAAAAGAAAUCAGCCGAAAUGAAUUGCACUAUGGAAGUAACCACCUCGUCGAAACAAAUCCAGAAUUUGAUGUGCCAAUGA